GUGCCGCCAGCUGCUAGGUUUCUUGCGCUGUUAGAAAAAUAAACAAAUGAGAUUUAUUUUUAUAAGGACUUACGUAAAAAAGCACAAAAGACUAUGUCAAGCAGCGCUGCACGAGGUACUUACAAGCUUUUUGUAGGCAAUCUACCCUGGACCAUCAGCAGCAAGGAGCUGCGUACAUACUUCUCCCGCUUCGGCCAUGUGGCUAAUGCGGAGGUGGUAUUUGACAAGCAGCUAGGUUUGUCCAAGUACUACGGCUUCGUAAUGUUCAGCCAAAGGGACGCCUACAACAGUGCCAGCAACCAGAAUACACAUUUUCUCGAUGGACGCGUGCUUAACGUCCAACGCGCUAACGAACACGCAUAGCUUUAAGUGAAGUAACCCAUGUGUUUAAGAAAUAUACCAACAAUUUUAUUGCUUUUAUGC